AUCCCUACCCCCACCGUCCCGCCUGUCUCCCAGUUGCGUUUGCCGCUGCCCUGUCUGGCCGCCCGGUGUCUGCUCCGCCGCUCCGCGCUCUGCGGCUCUCACCCCACCCCGAACCCGAACACUCUGCCUCCUCGUUUACCUCCCCCGGCUCCCGCACCCCCCUCCACCCGGUGAAUGCACCAGCACCGAAAUCAUGACGGGCAUCGCCGCCGCUUCUUUCUUUUCUAAUUCCUGCAGGUUCGGGGGCUGCGGUCUCCAGUUCGAGUCUCUCGCCGAGCUCAUCGUCCACAUCGAGGACAAUCACAUCGACACAGAUCCACGGGUCCUGGAGAAACAGGAGCAACAGCAGCCCACUUAUCUGGCCCUAAGCUACAUCAACAGGUUCAUGACGGAUGCGGCUCGCCGGGAGCAGGAGACCAUGAAGAAGAAGGUUACGCCCAAACUGUCCCUGUCCAUCACUGGUGGAGUGUCCAGGAACAGCACAGCCACGCCUCCUCGCCAGACCAGCGGUAACCUGACGCCUCCCGUCACGCCCCCCAUAACCCCCUCCUCCUCCUUCCGCAGCAGCACCCCAACAGGCAGUGAGUAUGAUGAGGAGGAGGUAGACUACGAGGAGUCGGACAGCGAUGAGUCGUGGACCACAGAAAGCGCCAUCAGCUCUGAGUCCAUCCUCAGCUCCAUGUGCAUGAAUGGGGGCGAGGAGAAGCCGUUUGCCUGCCCCGUCCCCGGCUGUAAGAAGAGAUACAAGAAUGUGAACGGUAUCAAAUACCACGCCAAGAAUGGCCACCGCACACAGAUCCGUGUGAGGAAACCCUUCAAGUGUCGCUGCGGCAAGAGCUACAAGACCUCUCAAGGCCUGAGACACCACACCAUCAACUUCCACCCGCCUGUCUCCACCGAGAUCCUGCGCAAGAUUCAAGGCUAGAGUCCGGCUCACACCAAUCACUACCCCAAACACAGCCCUAUCCUGACUUUCCUUUCCCCGACCCUUUUGUAUCAAUCCUGCACACUACAGGAUCAAGUGUGUGCUUUAAGUUGUUUUCAUUCGUUUUUUUCUUCAUCUUUUUUGUUUGGAUGUUACAAUUGUUUUUCUUCUAUCCACGUUAUAUCACUUGUAUUUUUUGAAAAAAAAAGUAUCUUUGUAGUAUUUUCUAUUGUUGUACAUUUGCACAUUAGUAUAUGCUAUCACGUUAUUUGUUCUCUAUUGUUUGACUUACAUAAGGUGCUAACUGUAAAAAACAGACAGAAAAGACUAAAAACAAACGAUAUGAAAGAAGAGGGGGGAAACGUAAAAAGAAGAGCAACCACGCCCGGCCCCUUUUCCCUGCUCGUCUGUGAGCGGGAUGAAGUUGACAUUAGUGCUGAUCUGAGUUCAGGAGUCCUUGCACUCCUUUUCCAUUAGAUGCAGAGAGUUUGCUGAGCUUAGAUCUGUGCCUUCGCUGUAACUUCUGGGGGUUUCAGUGUGAGUUAAGUUAUACUUUAAAUAGAUAUAUUGAUAUAUAAACAAUAGACAGAUAUGUAUGUGUACAUAAAAAUAUAUAAAGGUAUUCAUGAGCAUAUACAUAAAUAGUUACACUUUAUUUUCAAGCUUUAUUUUAUAUAUAUAUAUCUGUCAGUGUUUUUCUUUCUGUGUAUCAGUAAGUGUUCCUUUCAUUACUUAUUUGCUGAGACGGCCAGUUUUGUCACCUCAGAGGUCAAGCUGGCUGACUUUAGGUUCGGAGAGAUUUCUCUCACCGCACCCUAGACGGAAGACUAGAAGGAGCCAAAACGCCUUUCGGUUCGACACUCUGACUCGCGUGCAAUGUUUUACUGUUGAUCAGUUAGGCUCGAUGUAUUAGAACAUGGCCUGGGCCAAUAAUCCAUAUUUUAAACAUUUCAUCCCAGCGAAAAAAAAAGCCAUCCAUUUAUUUCACAUUUCCAGUGUUUCCACAUUCAGAGUGCCAGAGCUGUGUUCAAGAGACUUAGCCGUGAAACCGGUUUAAGCACCAUACUGUAUUCCAGUUGCCAAGAUCUUUGUUGUUUUGUUUAUUUUUCCAUGAUGUUGCCAACAGCUCUCCACUGCCAAACAUUGACCAUACCAUGUGCCUGGGGAGGGGGGAGGGAGGGAGGGAGGGGGGGGGAGGGAGUUGUAAUUGUUUCUCCCUGGAGGUCGCCAAACGUGUGGCAAUGAUUUUCAUCGCGCCUGCAAAAUGUGCGGAUGAGUGGAUGUACGUCGACUGAAUGUUUUCAUGCAUGCUUUCUGUGUCAUACCGAGAGGAAUAAUGUGCAAAAAAAAAGAUUUGUAUUUGAAAGAGAUUACCAUCUACAACCUGUCACUUGUGUGUGUUGUAGACAAGAGCAUUCUAGUUCAUUCUGUUGUGUGUGCGUGUGCGCGUGCCUGCGUGUGUCAGGUUUUUCAGCCGUUUCCAAGUCAUCAGCCUAUAGAGGGUAACUGUAUUCUGUGUGUUUCAGUGCUCGGAUCUGUUGUGUUGUCUGUGCCAGGCCGCUGGUUUGACUCCUGUGGAGCAGGAUGGCUGGCAUUGUUUCAUGUAGUGUAGGAGUGGCCGACUUGUUGCCCCUGACUGGCAUUUCAUCAUUCAUUGCCUCUAAGAAAAACAAGAGCGGUGCACUGCAGCCGCCGCGUGCCAAGACACAUGGAUUCAUACCAUCAUUUCCCUCAUCAUGCACAAAGUUUAUAACCUGCAGAACGCUCAAAGCACGAGCUUCUUUCUCUUUUGGUCUUUUGAUGGUACAGUGACCUCUGACAUGCACACACCCUCCUGUCCUCCAAGCUGCUGUUGCCAUGGAAACCACAGUGAUAUCAUGGCAAAGAUUAAUUUGUUAAUUUCAUUUAUUCAAGGGGUUAAACAUACAUUAUUUAACCCUUUAAUUUCUUUGCUAUAGCCUAUUCUGAUUAUAGCAAUUACCAUACGCCUGGACUGUAAUCACAAUGCCUUUCAGUGCGCUACCCUAAGAAAUGCCUGAAAGACAUCCAUGUCUAUUCUGGAGCCUCAAUACAUGCCAGUGGACCAAGAUCUCUUAAAAUCUUCGUCUCAGUUUCAAAGUACAUCUGUGGACGUACUACCCUGAAAGUAACCCUUAGGUAAUGGUCCGCAUGCAAUAGAAAGACUUAAUUCCUGCCUUUCAGUGUAGGGGAAAAGUUUCCGUGGCUGGGAUCAGAGCAGAGACAGGCCAAGAUGGACGGAGACUGAGAGUCUCCCGUUGGGGUUCUGUCAAACACUCGUAAAACCAUCCCUGCUCCACAGACACCACUGUCACCAUGGCAAUAGUUUCAGCGUUACACAGGGGCCAAAUGCAGUAUUACACAUGGGAGAGGAGAAGCGGAGGCUGUGUGCAAAAGGAGACGAGGGAGGGGUUUCAAUAUACUGUGUAUAGUGAAUGUAUUGUAACGUGUCUGUUGUCAAGUGCUUUUAAAUUAUAUUUUCGUAUGUAAUGUGGAGACCAAUGUUUCCUUUUUGUAUGGGGGGACAACAGGUUCUCAUCAGAGUGACUUGUAAAUGAUGUCAAACUGUCUUUCUAUAUAAAAGAGAAGCUGCUUAAAUGUAAACAGGAAAUGACU